UUCAUUGGUCGUUCAGCAGCUGUUUACAUCCUCGCCAUGCUUAUGUUGGGACCACCAGUGUGCUGCAGGUGUUCAGACUAACACUUGUGUGAUAUUAUUAACCUGUAUUUGUCUCGUCGCUGUCCGCACGCGCCCGCAGUUUAUUUGGAAGAUGUCUCGUGCGGGUUUGAGCUGCCCGGGCUGCGGCUCCUCCAACAUAGUGGACGAUGAUCUGUACUGCCAGGCCCAGCUGGUGUGUAUGGACUGCGGCUCUGUGGUGUCUGAGGGAGUCCUGGCCACCGAUGAGUACGUCGGGUGUUCAGAUGUCAGCUACAGCCGAACCACAGCUGUGACCAAAAAGCCGUGUAUGAACCUGAAAAAAGGUCUGCAGCGCGUGAAAGCCUUAUGUCAGAUUCUCCGGGUCAAGGGUGAGAUCGAGGAGCUCUCGCAGAUGUAUUACAAGCAGGCUUAUGAGCAUGAAAGUUUCAUCAAAGUGAGCCUCCAGAAGAAAGAAGUUCUCGCUGGUUGCUGUGUGCUCGUGAGCUGCAGGCUGUCGAACUGGCCAAUAACCAUAGGAACCAUCAGCUACCUGGUGGAUGACAACCAGCAGAUGGUGGGAGCGGUUUUCCACGAGAUGGUCAAGAUUCUCAACAUCGAAGUCCCAAACAUCAGCAUCACAGACGUGAUCGAGGCCCACAGUCAGGAGUACAAAAUUAGCUCAUCCGAUGUUCCUGAAGUAUUGGCUGAGAACUUCAAGGACUUGACCAAACGUGCUGUGGCCCUGGUGGAGCUGGCAGCAGACUCCUGGAUUGUGACUGGCCGUACACCGACCCCCAUCAUGAUGGCAGCAAUUUAUCUGUCCUGGCAGUCCUUGAAACCCAACAAGCACCGGCUCAAUGUCUCUCUGGACAAAUUCUGUCAGAUUGCCAAAGUGAAAAGGCUCCCUCCUGCUUCAAAGAGAAUAACUGAGAUGAAGGAGAUGUUGUGUAAGCUGGGAAAGGAGAUUCCUUGGGUCAGGGAAGAGGUGACGCCACACAAUGUUGUUCAGCAGCUGGAGGAUAUUCUAAAGUACCGGUCUACCCUGCUAAGGAGGGCUCUGAGAACCCAUGAGGAUGCUCUGCUGGCAGAGUGUCAGGACAGCUGCGAGGACUCUCUAACUGAGGAGACUGCUCCCUCCCAAGAGCAGAAUCCACAUGCAUCCUGCGUGGAACAACUUGAACUGAAUGCUGAAAGGGCCCAGCGACCAGGAGGUGGAGAUGAUAAUCCACGCACAAUGCCUGAGCUGCAUAGAGACUCUCAGGAGGGCCAAGAUCCAGCACCAAACUGGGGAAAGAGAGUGCUGUUUGCUCCCCCGUGUGUGGUUCAUGCUAAGAAAAGACGAGUGGAGCAGCCAAAGCUCAAGGAUGUAACCGGUGAUGAGGAAAUCUCUGACAGUGAAAUUGACUCUUACAUUCGCACUCCUCGGGAAGCUCGAGAUUUUGCUUUGAUGCAGAAGAUAUAUGAGAUUGAGAAAUCAUGACCUGAAUAUUCUAAUAAGGAUGCAGGUGUUUUAAUUAAUUAAUAAUUUCUAGACUCAGUUGAUAAUAAGAGAUUCUACAACCUAUUUUAUGUCUGUGCUGCUUAUACAUGGUUCACUUUCAAAUCACAUGGUGUUGAAGUGGGUAAUUAAAAUGAGGAAUGUGGACACACCACAUGUGUAGUCAGUGGAAAAAUGCAAUGUGAGGAACUCCACUUCAACUAUAAAAUGCUUUACUUUUGAAGGAAACAUGAGAAUGAAUGUGUUUGCACAUCACAUAUGAAAGUGCCUGAAAUAAAAGCAUUUACCUUUUUACAGUA